ACCUUUAAAAAAUUGAACAACAUUUAUCUCCAGUACUGUAUGUGAAUGCAAACCAGAGAAUAAAGUUGCACUAUAGAAGUCCAGUGGACAUCUACAAAGUAAUUGAAAGCUCACUGCAGAUACAUACAACGCGACAUCUAUUUUAUAUUUGCAGAUGGAUGGUAAAUCAUUUUUUUCUAAAUAAAUCAUGUCCAGAAAGAAACACAAUGUUUCCUACACAAAACCUGAAGAACCAAAGUUUCUUCAAGAAAUUAAAGCACAAAUUGGGUAUAAAGAAGGUCCUACUGUUGAAACAAAGAGAGAAGCACUUUCAGAAGGAGAAGAAGAUGAUUGUCAGGAUCGAUUGGAAGAAAAACCGGUUGUUGUUGUAUUGAACGAUGGUGAUUUAACCGCUGAAGAAGUUGAUGCUAUUCUCAAGAAAAAGGAAGACGAAGAAGCCAAUACGCCUGCAGAUCUUUCUAAGAGAAUAAUAUUUAAUCGAAAAAUCAAAUCGUCAGAAAUAUCAGAAACAGAUGUUUCAACGAUAGAAGAACCAAGGAAAAAGAAAAUCAAAAAAUCUAAGGAAUCAAAAACGAAGAUUGUCUUGUCCUUUAAUGAUGACGAUGACGAAUAGCUCAAAAAUUCACUACCUGAUUGCAUCAUCAUACAGAUAAACGGACAACUAUCAUUAGGAGAAAUUUUAUGGGUCGACAAUAAAUGAAGAUUUUUGUAUAAAGUAA